AUCGUGUGAUUGGUCGAUGGCCGCGGCGCGGCUUCCGGGUUGAAAAUGGCGGAAGUAGAGCCGUUCAGGCUGAGUGAAGUGCUGGAGUCAUUCAAAAGCUGCCUGACCGAGAGCGGGGACUUGGUGCAGGAGCAUUACCUGAAUGGAUGGAAGGGGCUGGUGAAGUGAGUGACCUAAAAGAACCUUGACAAUAAAAGAAUUAUGGAUGCUGGAAAUUUAAAAUAAAACCUGAAAAUGCUGGAGAUCUUCAGUCUUCGACGUGAAAGGUUCAUGAAUAGCCUUGGUGCAGCCUUUUCCUUUAUUUCAAAAGAUGCAGUUGCCAAAAUCCAAAUUCUGGAAAACUACAGAAGUGGUAAAAAUGGCAAUGAAUAUGAAACAAUUCAGUCGAUGGUGAAGUACGAGGUCAACCACAAACUGGUGGACCUGAAGAAGCAAGGUGAGCACUGCAAUUCUGGCUGCCGUACUCUAUUGCGACUCCACCGUGCCCUCAAGUGGCUGCAGCUCUUUCUGGAAAAACUACGGGUGGCCUCGGAUGACAGCAAAACUUCAGUCUUGUGUGCAGAGUCCUAUAACGAAUCCCUGGCAAACUACCAUUCCUGGAUAGUGCGCAAAACUGCAGUUUUUGCAUUUUAUUUGCUGCCUAACCGAGCAGACUUUUUUGAGAUUAUGAACAUGGGCACCACAGAAAAGGUAGUGGCUACACUCGGAGAAGCUGUUCCACUCAUUUCAAAGGCCUAUGACAUCACACAGGAUCUGUAUGCUCAGCAUGACUUACUUGAUCUACCUUAGUUCUGUGUUUUUUAAAAAGCAGUACAAUGAUAGCACUCUAAAUGUUUGUUUUUUUUUGGUAGAAAACUUCUGUCAGAAUCACUUGCCUGAAGGAUAAACUGUAAAUAUUAUUUAAAUCUAGAUUAAGUAUUACUUAAUCCAGAUGUUGAAUGUAAUUGGCUUUCGUUUGGGGAGAGAUUCAAGUCCAGUCAAAAUUGGUAGAAUGAAUAUAUUUCCUGUCUAUUUGAUGCCCAAAUUGGAAUUUUUAUACUGCCUGAUAAAGAACAUGUAUCACAGACCAAAACUAAUUGGAUAGUUUUCUAAAAGAUGGGGGUAGCAGUACAGAAAACUUCCAAGGUGCAAGUUAUUCUGCAUCUGAUCACACUACAGCCAAUCUGCAAGUGAUUACAAACUCCUGUCCAGAAUAAAAAGUCUUCUGUUCUGUAACACUGCCAUCUCUAAUCUCCAGAAAAUACUUUUUGGGUGGGACCUUGAUCAUAAAUGGCCUUUCUCAAAACCUCUUUCCCAUAAGUCAUUUUGCCUAUCAGUGGCUUUGGCCGAAUGCUUCUCUGGGGACGUUUACAUUUGAAAACAAUUGAACAACUUAUUUAAAAAUAUUUUACCAGGUUGAAAAUGGUCCUUCCAGGAGAUUCUAGCAACAUUCCAUUUUAAAUACACAAUUUUUUUUAUUCAGUCUCUGUUACUGAGCACACUAAUUGAUGUUCAAGUGGGAAGUAAUAGUUUGCGAGUCUCCCUCCCAUUUCCUGUACUUCUAAUGGUGCAGACUCACUGGUGCCCAUUUUCCAAGGACAGCAGCAGCUCAUGCUUUGUGUGCUCGUUCUUCACAUGGACAGCGGCUCGGAAUCUGUCUGACUCUGGGAUUGUCACAGUCCCAUCUGAUUCAGUUGUCUUCAACUUGAACAUUUGUACAUUUAUGAACUGGGAGAACUGACCAGGAUUGAGAACUGUGGCUGAUUUUUUUUUGAUCUGUGUUCUUGCGCCUUUUCCUCAAGGCCAGAAAGAUCGGGUCAAUUAUAGUAGUGUGGCUAAAACUGGCUGCAAGCCAUGGAAUGAGUCUGAGCUUCUCCCAGUAUAGUGAUAUGCAAAGUGCAUAUCUCAGCAGGCAACCAAAAGGUGGAGCAAAAAUGUUACUGAGUUCAUUUUUUCCACUUUUUUUUUGUUAGUCUUUCAAUUUCUAAGUUCAUAGAGCAUCCCUCUCACUUGCUCCUGGCAGUUUUAGGUGACCUGGUCCAAGAGCAUUGAAAAUCAAAAUACUGCACAUGCUGGAAAUCUGAUCAGGCAGCAUCUGUGGAAAGAGAAACAGUCAAUAUUUCAGGUCAAAGACAAUUCAUCAAAAUGGGACUGUAUUCUAUUAAAGAUUAUCUAUCUGAAAUGUUCUUAAAACAGAUGCUGAUUGACCCAUAUAUUUCCAGCACCAUGUUUAUGUUCAAGGUGCAGUCUCCUUUUCCAGUUCUGGUUUGGUGUCAAUAUAUUUUGUUCAUAGUCUGCCGUGAGAUUUAAAUAACUUGAGUGAAAGCUGCUACACUGCGUAGCAUCCUAACAAACACAGAAAAAGAUCAAGACUUGUUCUCAUUACUGUGACUUGUCUGCUCAUUACUUUCGCAAGAAAACUUGUGGAGCUAGAAAAGUGUGGCUCUUAAUGUUUCAACUGUACAAUUUGUUGUAUACCAUGUCAGCAUAUUUAAUUCUGCAAGAUGUGAAAGGAAAAGGGAGUUUGUGCUUGCCUCAAAUGUGGUAAGAUUUUUUUUUUGUUCUCUAAAAAGAAUAAGCUGCUUCUUUUUGGUGCAAUUCUUUGAGCACGGGGCUUUUCCCUAUUCUACCCACAGUGGCAUUACACAUGAGCCAGACAAGUCUGCUUCCUUAAAGAAGUUGCUGAUUAACAAUCAAUAUUGGAUUUCCUAUUGCUUCCUGGUAGUUCAGUUUUAGAGUCCCAACCAAGAGCAACGUUUUGUAUUGAGCAUUGGUUUUUGGCUGUGCGAAAGUGGUGCACUUCACCAACUGAUCGCUGGAGAAGGCUAGGUAUUGUUAAUGCUGGUAGAAGAACACUGGUCUUGCAGCUGCUGAAAUCUGUUACCAACAGCCUAUUGGCAGGUAAAGGAGAGAGAAGGUGGCCAGGGUUCCCACAGCUGUUGGAAGCCCCCACAUUCCAACGGGUGGAAGUGAGAUGUGAUCUGCUCAUUGUGGUUCCAAAGGCAUUUUACCUUGAGAUUAGAUGAAAAAAAAACUGCAAUAAGAAGUGAAUUUCACAAUUAAAUAUGAUCUUUAAUUCUUUGAAGACCACUGGAAAUUGGUCUUGGUUGUUUUUCCUACUCUUACUUUGAUGUUAGUCUUUGCUUGCUAAUUACUUGUCAACUCCUGCCAACCCUUGUUUACAAUCAGUCUGUGUACAUUGGAUGGGUUUGACUUGCAUUUACAGGAUAUCUUCCAUUGUUAUUUUUAAUUUUCAAACAUGAAACUAGCACUAUAACCAUCAAUGGAUAAUUAACAACACUUCUCUGUCAUGAAUUGUGGAUGUUUAAGUCAGAAAUAUCUUUAAUAUUUUGGGUCAAAUCAAAUGUAAUUUAUAUAGAAUCUUAUUUGUAAUUUGAGUAAUUAUGUUUGCCAUAUAAAGCAAUAAAUUGUUGUUC